GCGCCCUAGCUCACACGUUGUCGUCGCUGCGUCGUCGCGCCUUUGCCUCACAUUGGGAGUCAAAGGAUUAUGCAGUGCUGCCGCCUCUUUCAUAUAUCUUAGCCGACGUCUUCCCCAUCCACGACCACGACCCCUGUUCCCCCUUGUCACCCUAGAUGUCACAGCCCGAGAUUCCCUCCCCGUCCGGAGAGCCUGCUGCGCGCUCUGAGCAGCUGCCACCGCCCCCAGGAGAUGCGGCAGCCGCAGGCGACAGACCACAGCAGGCUGUGGAUGGAGAAGAGCAGGCGCUGGAAUCCCAUGAAGUCAUCGAAUUACAAUCCUUCAGCGUGAAGAAGGCGUGGAUCGAGGAGAAGACUAAGUUUCUCGAGCAGCUUCCUUCGAUCGACGUCUUCGUCGGCCUGGACGCUAUUCGGGCCUCCGCGGAGGAAGUGCCCGGCCUCCCUACGCGCGCGCAGCUGCAGGAAUGGGUGACCGAGCACGAUCAUAUCGAGAAGGAGACCGAGAUCUUUGAUAGGGGAGAGCUCCAGAAACUCAGGAAGCUGACCAAAGCCGCGACUCAACGAAACCUUUCGCCACAAGACACCGACCUCAUUGAAAUUACGCUCACGACUAUUUAUGCUUUGGACAAGCUACUCCAUCUCCUCCGGGAUCGCUCCGACUCGCUCGACUUGCUCGGCGUCAGGCUAACAUGGGAGGAACACCGGUCUGCCUCGUGGAAAGAGCGGCGGCAGAUUAUCGAGGACCUUGCAAACUUUCUCGAGGCUCGUGCUCGCUGGUCGGCAUCCGUCUACGAUACUAUGCAAGCUGCUGAGGCCCAUACUCCUUCCCCACUGAGCUCGCCAGCACCUCCACGUCGCAACUCUAUCACUUCCAUCGCGUCAUCAACACUGUCAAACUCCCAGUCCAUCUCGAAACUAUCAAGAGUUACUCGGUUCAAGCAAGUCGAACACCUAAAUCGCGAGGCCGCACAAUUUACUGGCCGAAUAACGGCCCUCCGCCAUGGACGAGUGGCAGCCGCCGGGAAGGUCCUGGACAAGCUCAUCGACAUGAGCCGAAGACCUGUACCAGAAGAACUCCUCGAUGAACAGGACAGACUUGAAGAACGGGCAAUAACGGAGUUGGAAGAUGUAGGCAAGUUCGCCAUGGACGUAGUCAUGCAAUGGAGAAAGUCUGACGAAACUUAUGUCGAAACGAUGAAGGAUCUCUAUGGAGCGCAGACGCUGCUCGAGGAGAUUGAGACGGCAAAGCUGCAGCAUCCGACGCAGGCUCAGAGCAAGACGUUCACGACGCGCUCGAAUGAGCUCUUGCGGCGGAUGGCCUACAGGGGUCGACCCACCGCACCUACUAGCUCUUUUCCGCGGCCGAGUCAUCCGCUCUUUCCUGACCAGGACGAGGCGAACGCAUCAAUCGCUUACGCCCUUGAAGCGGAGAUCAACUCAACAACUGACAUCGUGCAGCAAGUAGCUGAGCUUGCGAAGGAGUAUAGGGAAGGCUGGAGCGCGGUGCAAGCGGUCGAAGAGCUCAAUAAAUCCUGCUCAGACCUGUCGGGCACCUUUGAAUCUAUCAUUGACCGCUUGGAGAACGGAUUUACGGGAGCUUCGACGGACGGCAGCGCGCCAGAUCUUUCGUCGGAAGCCUGCCUCGAGCCCACCCGGCAUGCUGCUUACCUCACACUCCUUCCAUCCGUCCUGGAAGAGCUCGAGAAGGCGUCAGUCGCGACAUCCACCACAAUCCAGGGUUCCCAUGCGACGUUGCUAAAUGCCGACAAGCCCGGCAUCGACGCGACUUUCCGCCAGGAGGCGGCGGCCAAUGUGCAGAAGUUGGCGGAGACGCGCAGUCGUGCAGACGAAGUACGCAAGUCGGUCACGGCACGCGUUGCACGCCUUCGCGAAGCGAGGAGGAUCAAGAGCCUCAUGGAGGACCAUUUGCGCCAAUUGGAGCAACAGCGACAUAGGAUUGAGGAGUCGAUGGAGAAGUACAAGUGGCGCCAGGAGUCUCGCGGCGGCAACAGCCUCCCCACACCCGAGAGCCCCUCAUCGACACCUUUGCAAGAUGUGCAACCUGCUGAUGUCAGGAGACACCUGCAAGAGCUUGUCGUUGCUCGCAGCCAGCAGAUCGAGGCACCUCUCGCGCAGCUCAAUGCGACACUGGAAGAGCCUAUGCAGCAAUGGUUGACUAGUAGCCUGUCUACGCUGAAGACCUUGUCUGCACAGCUGGAGACCAUGACAACGUUGCUCGAGGGCAUUCAGAAGCAGAGCACUGUGAUGGCCUCGGUUCGCGACGAGUUCAAUGACCUGCACGUACGCGCUGAAGAUAUCCGGAUGCGCUAUCAGAGCGCCGCCAACCAUGUUCUGUCUGGCGAACUUCACGGCGACAACAUCGCUGAGUCCAGGGCGCAGCUGCUAGACACCCUUAACGAUCUCGACACGGCGGCCACGACGUUCACUAACGGCCUUUCGUCGCGGAUACCCUUCGUUGCUCGUCAGCCUGCGCCUUCACCUGUUAAGAAGGCAUUCACCUUUGUCAAGCGGCGACCGUCAUUAGCUGACCUUCGACUUGGCGCAAAUACCCAGGACGAGCAUUCCAUCGACCUUCCCUUCGACUUGACCACGCUUGACGAAGCCGUUCGGUCUGACAGCAAUUCCUACGCGAUGCGCCUGAGUAGCGAAGUCCAGAACCUCCGCCAGCGUGCGGAGUAUCUCAACCAGGCUAUCCGCGCGAAGGAGUUCGAUGCGCGCUUGAUCGGUGUUCUGGAUGACAUCGACGCCUUCGCGGGGCAAAUCGACUCGUUGAAGACGACAUUGUCCAGUGUCGCGUCUCAACCUGAUUGUCUUGACCGCCUGGAGGCUUUGCGCGCGGAGGUACAGGAGACGCUCGCUACACGCCAAGAGGCGCUUGCUCGUUGCAUGACUCCUUUGCAAGACAUCUUGCAGGAGAUGGAGGCCUCCGCCGAUUCGCACAGCACAUCUCCCCAGGAAGUUUUGCAUAUCAGUCGCAAGCGCGCACUCAGUGAUGCCAAGUCCAAGCUCAUGGACAUCAAGAACGACGGCGAAGCCCUCGUGUCGCGCAUAGCAGACGCGCAUGCAGCAGAGGCGCGGCGGUUGGAGGAAGCCAGGCUGGAGGCCGAGCGGUUGGCGCAAUUGGAGCGGGAACGCCAGGCCGCCGAAGCCGCUGAGGCUGCGCGACUGGAGCAGGAGCGUCUGGAAGAGGAGCGGAGGCAACGGGAAGAGGACGAACGGUUGACUGAGGAGCAGCGCAAGCGCGAGGAAGAAGAGCGUCUGGCGCUACUUGCUGCAGAGGAGGCCCGCAAGGAGGAGGAGCGCCUUGCUGAGGAGCAGCGCAAGUUGCAGGAAGAGCAAGAGGCGGAGGAGAGGCGGCGUGCUGAGGCGGAGGAAGCGCGUCUGGCGGCGGAGAAGGCGGAGAGGGAGCGCUUGGAGAGCGAAAGGCUGGCAAUGGAGGCGCGCCUGAAGGAGACGGAGGAACAGCUUGCGGUCGAACGGCAAGAGCGCGCAAAGCAGGAAGCGGAGGCCGCUCGCCUUGCUGCUGAACGGAGCCCUCCAUUCAAGCUCAUGCCCGCGUUUGAGGAGGAUGUCUUCGGUCUCCGUCUCGCGCCCUCUGGCGGCAUGCCGCCGGAGAUGUCGUCAGAGAUGAAGGAGCUACAGGCACAGAUUGUGGCUUUGCGACAACGUUUACGCUCCCUCAGCAUCAACGAGUUGGCACGUUCGACGACGAAGUCCUCUAGUCAACUUCCGCGCGACCAGCAGAUCCACCACAUCAUCACCCAGUUCAACGGGAUCAAGCAGGAGGUUGAAGCCCUUCCGGCCUCUGCUGAGGACUCGCUGGUGAACGCGGAACUGCGGUCUCUGCGCACGGAGGUCGAGCAGUCUAUGGCUUUGGUCCAGGACCUAGACAAGCUGCGCCAAUUUGGGCAAUGCAUCAAGGAGUGCGACGAUGCGCUCAGUGACUUGCUUGAGCAUAUCGAUAGCUUCCCCUCCCCGCCACUUGCGACUAUCUCUACGCGCAUCCAGCCGCCCAAUGGCAGUCCCGACGACCAGAUGCUGACGAGGCUCAAUGCGACGCGCUCGCUUGUCGACGAGAUGUCCCUCCAGUUCCGCUUAGUAUCCAACGACCCUCGCGCGAUCUCGGAGAACGAGCGGGUGCUGCAAACAUGGAGCGAGCUCGAGGAGAUGGCGAGGGAUCGUGUGGGCGGCAAGCGAUCGCGGCCUGCCAGCGUGGCGAGCUCGGUGCAUAGCUCGACUGGGCCGGCCACCAGCCGCUCGCACUCAAGAACAUCGACGCUUAGCAGCACGGUGUCCCGUGGCGGAGGAAAGACCAAGGGGUACGGUAACUUGGGCACGUCGCAUACCGCGGGCUCAAAGUUCCUUUCGCCUACGACGCUGCCGCCGAAGCAGCCCGGGGGUCGUCGUGUGGUUUCUGGGUCAUCGCGCCCCAGUCGGCCGUCAAGCCGGAUGUCGAGCGUGUCCUCGCAGCGCUCCGUAUCUGGCUCGUCCCUGUUCAGCUCGACCUUCGCGUCGCGGCAGCGCACCAACAGCGUCACGCUCUCCGAGUCGCCCGUCGCCAAGAAGACAUCGACUUCCCGCGUGCGCGCGCAGACUGCGCAGAGCAAGCGUAGCUCCUCGCCCAGCGUUAUGUCCGAUGCCUCCUCCUUCGGUGUUCCGACAUCAGCGUCCUCUUUUGGCGUGCCCUCCCGCUCCUCGACGUCCCUCUCCAGCUGGGCGCGCAGCGGCCCCCGCAACUCUAUCUCCUCACUCACGCGCGGUGCUGUGUCGACGCCGACGAAGAAGGCUGCUGCGCCGCGCAAGCGGUACGUCGCGGACCCGAAGAGCAAACUGGAUGUCGCGGUCGGCGAGGUGGUGAACAAGUUGCCGGUGGGGAUCAAUGUGGAGGGUUUGACGGAGACGUACAAGGACCAGAGCGGAAAAUACUGGAUAGGCGACCAGGAGCCGAAGUUGUGCUUCUGUCGAAUUCUGCGGUCGCAGACGGUGAUGGUGCGCGUGGGUGGUGGGUGGUCGGAGUUGUCGAAGUUCAUCUCGGAGCACUUUGCGGACAGCUUUCGUGUGCUAGAGACCUCUCCCCCUCGACCUGGGCAGGCAGAGGAGAAAUGGAUCAGCUCCGCGACGUUACUCGAGGCUGCCGAGAUCACAGAUCGGCCUCUGCGCUCACCACACACGCCCGAGCCAGGCGAGCUGCCCUCCUUCGCCAUCGUCUCUCCGGAUGCACAUAGUCCGCGGUCACUCAAGUCAUCCCCCGGCUCCAGCCGAGGCAAUGGCUCCCCAGGCCUCACACCGCUGCAAUUCCUACGACGCGCAGACCCAGAAGCCUCGCCACUGCCGCUGCGUCCAGCGACGCCAACGCGGUCAACGGCGUCCACCGUGCACUCGCGCAUGCGCAGUCCCGGCGGGUACACGCCCAACAGAAACUCGGUCUGGCGCCCGUGAAUACGUGUACACUGAACGUGAACAUAGACUACAAGUAUUGUUACACCACCCAGCGUCCUGCGGGCCUACUCACUGGUGGUUAUAUUCCCUGCUCCCCUCCACUAUACUUGUUUGCCUGAUUUACGGCUCAUUGUUCGAUAGACGGUUCGUCACAGGACCGGAUACGAGUGCUUCACCAUUGACUGUUGGCCUCAAUUACACCCCUUCGCCCCUACUUCGUUCGACUUCAUGUGUUACUGUAUUCCCUGGCAUGGCAUGGCAUGACAUUCAAGUUAUUUACGCAUCCGCACAUAUUAUUGUUGGACCAUACUACUUAGUCGUAUAAAGCUCUGGGUAAGUUAGCUUACGAACUGCACCUGUACCAGUAACACUCACAGUCUAGAAAUGAAAUGAGGCGUUAGCAUGA